AUGGUUUUUGAAAGAAAAGUAGUCACAUAUGGAGAGCCCGACGAGGUGGAGGAGGAGGAGGAAGAAGAAGAGAUGGUGGACCCCCUAGAAACAAUAAGACAGGAAUGUGAGCAGACGGCACAUUGCAUACAUGCACGAGAAAGGCUAGAAGCUUGUGAAACUAGAAUUAGCACACGGUCACACACUGAGGAGGACUGCACAGAGGAGCUUUUCGACUUUCUACAUGCACUGGACCAUUGUAUUGCACAGAAGCUCUUCAGUUCAGUUAAAUGA